AUGAAAGCUUUUCGUCGCCGCGGUGCCGGCGUUGUGGCACAAGAACAAUCCACUGGUCCCACGGUUCAUCUCACCGAAGCCGAGCUACGGCAGAAUCGAGUCUUUAUGACGAUUGCACAUUUUAUGUUAACUUAUCCACGAUGGUCUCUAUCGCUCUUUUUGCUACUAGCCUCGAGUUCGUUGUCCCUUCCCUCCGCUAAGGAAGCUGCCCGGCAGCCAUUGCUGGAUUUGCAACAUAUGGCUCGUCAAGAAUCCGACUUGUAUCUCGAGUGCACCAUGCAUGCAUUUGACGCCCUGGGAAGACAAUUGGAAAAAAGCGUCCAGAAAGAGCGGAACCGGGUCGCGAAGACGCGGGAGAGCAAUCAAAAAGUUGUGUUACAGUCCACGACUACUUCCGAUCAAUGUCGCACAGCCAGUAUUACUGCACGUCGAGCUCUCCAAACGUAUCGAAACGCGGCGUUCCUACCCACCACCGUCAACGACUCGACCUCCGUAUGUACAACGGAAGAUCGAGAGAAACUUACGUCGUUUCUCGGACAAGAUUAUACCUUAGUUGAAAAAGAUGUGACGAAUCUGCUGGAUGCGUACGUAUCUGCCAGUCGACUCGGUGCGCAGCGCAUUUCGUUGUACGCCCAAGACCGAGCUACUUACGACUACAAUUAUUUUGUUGGCCUCAAGAUUCAAACCACUUUGGAUCUCUUGAACGGAUAUCAAGUGCCGAUACUAUCGCUCAAUAAUUUGGCUGUUCUGGACGAUUUACGUGCACUGCUACAGGCAAUCAUUGAUGCGUUGAAAGAUGCCAGAAGUCAGAUUGAUCUCCUAUCUACGCGGUUACUCGAAUUCCAAGCAAGUAUUCAAGGUUUUUACGUCAACUACGUUGAUAUUUAUGGACGACUCAUAUUGGCUAGAGAUUUCGUUAUUGAUUUCUUACCGGCAGGAGUGCCGUUACCCUCUUACUUGGAUUUGCAAGCCAUUCCGAUCGGAGAUAUUCUGUUGCCUCAAAUUUUCAGUCUUCCUACUUUUGGGGACCUACCUGAAAUCGACGAUCUCGUUGCUGAGUAUCUACAUCGAGCUGUUGGAUUUAUUGCCCAGCUCCUUUCGACGGUGGCUGAAGAGGCUAACGAGCAGCUUGCAGAUGGACUGCGGGAUUUGAUUCGUCUUCUGGACGAAGCUUUGACUUUAGAAGACUACGACCCACCGAAGUAUGUCGGAUCAGGAGCGGGAGUGGAAAGUCCUGAUGAGGAACUGAUUCUACUUCAAGGACUGGGUGACGCGCUAAGAGAUAGUAUUCUUGACACGUUGAGGGAGAAUCAAGAAUUUGGACAAGAUUUAGCACCGUUGGAGACACCGAGCUUGCCCACUGUUGAAAUCAGCAGCCCGAACUUCGACGACAACAACACGAGAACAUUUGACUACUUGACGGCUGAGUUCCCCAGCAUAUUAAUUCCAAAGCUGAUCAUGGGAUUUGCUGCGUUUCUGGUUGCGAAUCAAUGGAUUAUAGAAAUUGUCAUUCAAUUUAUUCGGCUUUGGAAACUGCGGAGAAAGUACGAGCGAGAUGCCUCGCCGGACCUUCCUACAAUUGACUACGCCACGGAUGAAGACGACAACUCUGAUGGGUACAGUCAAUCAAACAAGCUAGCCUUGCUGCAGGCAGCUCUGCUGAAGCACUUCAUGACACCCUGGAUGGCUCUCGGUCUCAUUUUGUUCCCCUUUGCCAUGGUUGGGGUGCUCCUAUGGUUUCCGCACGUCAAACGUAAUUGUAUUGACACGCAAAAAGGUACUUUCGUCGCACGCAACAUAAUGACUCCUUUGCUUGUCAACCGAGCCAAUUUGGCUGGAAAUGGCUACCACACACGGGCGGAGUUCCAAUGUCGGCGUACGCAACGACAACUUUGCGACCAAUUGUACGCUGAGUCAGAUUCAAAUCAAAGGUUGGACAUUUUUACUCUGAAUACUGCCCUUCAUCGGUACAAUCAAUCAAUGGACGCGAACAAUGUCUUUGAUCGAUGCGUUCAAGUGUCUGCGCUUGACGAAGUCUUUGAAAAUUCGUGUUGUGGACUAGAUGGAUACGGCAGCAAUUGUUCCCUUAUUCAGAACGAAACACUUUGCCCAAUUGACAGCAAUACUUUGCCGCCGACUGCAUUUCAGCCUGUCGGCAGCUUUCUGUCAAACGGGGCCUGCUCACAGAAUCCACUUACUUGGACUUUGGAGGAUGCUCGUUUUAAGUGCGAGGCCCUAGAAGAAACAUGCCAGCAAACGACAUGCUUGGGAGUCGAUGCUGAUUUGAUCGAAUACCUCGCGAUUGAAGCGGACUGCCAAGUAGAAGUUUACAUCAUCAAAUGCUGUAUACUGAUACUUCUGGCUUUGUACCAUGCCAUCAUUAUUAAUCUAUCCUGCACUUUAGCCUUCAACGGCGUUAAGCAUCUGCGGUGGAGGAGUCUACGACCCAGUGGGAUUCAGUUGCGCACGCAUGUCAACGCGAAUGGCGAACUAGCUAAAGGACAAGACCGCGAAGAUAGAUCCAAACGCAUUGCUAUUGCAAUGCGCCGAUUUGAAAUGUUGGGCUAUUUGCAAUUGAUAUUAAGUGGUGCUUUCUUCUUUAUGUGGAUUGUAACCUUUUUUGUCUUCCGCAAUAAGCUGGCUGCCUUCGAUGCGAAAUAG